GAGGGCAUUAGUCUCUUCAGGAAGCCCAUUCAGAAGGUGCUGUGCAGAAGAAGAGGAGAAGGCAGGAUGGCAGCAGACAGCAGCAUGGCUCCCGAGGAAAAGCCGAGCACCGCUCCUGUGAAAAGGGCUGUCCAUAAGAUCCGGAUGGCCAGCCAGGUCUUCAGCUUGGCACGAGGCUGGCAGCAGUGGGCUUCUGACCACCAUGUAAAGCAAGAGCAAGAGCCCUCUGGAUGGGUCCCCACUGCAGUAAACUCAUCAGCUCAGCCUGUACAAGAAAGUUCCUUUGAAAAAUGGCAAAUUCCAUCUGUCAAGAGGGACCAAGAAAAAGACGAUGAAAAAUCCUUAGCAAAGGAUUCAGUGACAAUAAGAGAUGCUGAAAAAAAAUCAAGGGAACCAGAUGAAGACCUCGAAAUGUUCAGCAUUAAAAGCAAAGAGGUGACCAAAACAGUUGUCAGCAAAGCCUAUGAACGAGGAGGCGAUGUCAGCCUCCUCAGUGAAAGAUAUGACGAGAACAACAGCAGCUCCGAGAUGACCAAACUCAAAGAAGAAUCAAGUGCUAUUGACAAAAUUCUUAACAACAAAUUACCUUCAACCAUAAGGAGGAAGUGUUCAAAUGUGGUAUCAGAGCUGACCAAGGGCUGGGAGAAGAUGGAAGACGAGGACAAAGAUGGGGCCAAGAGAGAGCUGCUGCUGAAGUGUCAUGAUGACAGCCUCGAUGCCCAGGACAGUGGCUAUGGGGAAGCAGAGGACAAGUUCGAGCAGGAGGACAGUGACCGGGAGGUGACAGCUAUGAGGAUUAAACGGCCUGUCCCAUCUCUCGCCAGCCGGCUGAGCGAGGAGGCGCGCAGCAACGCGCGCAGGAAAUGCAGCGCCGUGCACAGCCUCAAGGACAGGUGGCAGGAAUGGGCCGACCAGCACAUCAUAACGCAGAAGCUGAAUCCCUUCAGCGAGGAGUUUGACCACGAGCUGGCCAUGUCCACGCGCCUGCACAAAGGAGAUGAAGGGUACGGCCACCCAAAGGAAGGAACCAAAACUGCCGAGAGAGCCAAGAGAGCUGAGGCCCACAUCCACCGGGAGAUCAGGGACAUGUGCUUCAUCAUUGAAUCCAUGGCCAAGCCACGGCCUGACGGAAAGAUCCAAGUCACUUUUGGGGAACUCUUCGACAGAUAUGUUCGUAUUUCAGAUAAGGUUGUUGGGAUUCUCAUGAGAGCCAGGAAACAUGGGCUGGUGGACUUUGAAGGAGAGAUGUUAUGGCAAGGAAGAGAUGAUAAUGUCAUAAUUACUUUACUAAAAUAAAUUAGGCUAUAGCCAGAACAACUUCAGGAAAACUUUUCUCCUCUUCUCCCUUGCCAUUAGCAUUUGGACAUAAGAUUCUCCUGUUCACCACAUAGAAAAGUGUAUUUUGUGAAAUAUGUAUUUUAUAACUAGUGCAUGAAAACCCAAGCACCCAAAUGAACUUAAUUUUGUACCAGAAGUGCUUUCAGGACAAUUAAGUUAAUUACUACAUAAAAAUAAGGAGAAAAAGCUAUAUGGAAUAUAAGCAGCUGAUGAUAAAAGCCCUUAGCAAUAUAAGUAGCUACAGGAAUAUGAAACGUGCCAGAUCAGAAGCUGAAUGACGAAAUAAACUCAGACAAAGUUCUUGAUCUGAAAAAUGCUCUUGUGCAUGCACUAAUUAAUUGAUUUAAAUACAAAUAAAAUUACCUUAUUUUAGUACAGAA